UUACAUUUACGCGGUCACGUAAAAAAAUACCUGACCAAACAAUGCAGCGCAAACUCACACGCACCAUGGAAAAUCGUGAAGCCUAAAGGACAUUUUUUUUAGACCGCUUCGAUUGAUGGAUCUCUAGAUUUGUGCUCUUAAAAACGUGAGACAAAAUGCAGUAUGUAUUUAAAAAGUGGACAUAAGGUCCCACCUUAAAUCAAACUUUUUCUGAUUUUUCUCAAUAUUUGCAUCAAUAAUCAAUAUAUUGAUGAGUUUAAACGUAAAACACCAUCCUUCCCCUCAAACUGUACAAACUCAUCAAAUGACAUUCACGAAUCAUAAAUUAUACGCCUGUAUGUAUACAUUCCCCAUUCACAUCGCCUUCAACAGGCUUUUCGCAUUUUAGGGGGUGUGUCUACAGUAACCAAUCAGGAAGUUUGUUUACAUUCUCUCGCUACAAUCUAUCUCACACCGAGAGAAAUUGCCAAUGUUAGCUCUCUCUCCAGGAAAGCAAGUGCAUACCGGAAAUUGCCCAUGUAAAGAGGGGAGAUCAUCUCAAAUCAGAAGACUUGGGUGUCAUCCUUGUCGGGUUUCUCAUGUCUCCACACUGCCUGACGCACACGUUUUUGUUUGCGUUGAAGUGAUUCUAUUUUUUUUUUUGUUAAACUGGAAGGAAAGCAUUCCUUCAGUCAUAAUUGAUCCUUGGUGGAAUCAAGACUUGCAUGCGCUCCUUCGACAAUAAACGGUAGUUAGUGCUAGAACUUCACAUCAGCCAUCAUGAUGCUAACGGAUAACAAUAACGGUAGUGCAAUAUAUAACUUAGAAGAAAAUAUGAAUGACAAGAAGACUAGUGACGUGUGUGCCAAUAGACCUUCAUCGCCACGAAAGUUUUUCGAACGAUUGUAUGGUCAUUUAGAAAAAGAAAGUCCCAAUCCGCGCUAUGCAGCUAAUCUAGAGACAGAAAGUCAACUGAUCGAUCCUAUAAGAUCCCCCUCAGUGAGUUCAGACAGCACAAGUCGAUCUUCACCGACAUUGGAUAUCGAAGAAACGGACGGUCCUGGUACGCUCUACAGUGAUUCGGUGCGAAUAAGCGAUUCGUAUGAUCAACGAUCAUAUUCAGGAUAUACAACAACGCUACCAGUAGGCCAGACGUCUACUUCUUUCGGACAACAAGGAUUACCGAUAGGACCUCUAGUAGCCGGCUAUGGCAGUACCUUUAGACCUUUCUUCGGUCUUGGGCCCGAUGGGUCCCACAUGCCUGCGGGGCUGUCAGCUUUUUUGGCACGACGGCGGAAGAAAGAAGGACGACCGCGACGCCAGAGGACUACUUUCAGCAGUGAGCAGACACUACGGUUAGAGGUUGAAUUUCACCGAAACGAGUACAUAUCUAGAGGACGGCGUUUCGAAUUGGCUGAAAUUUUAAAACUGUCGGAAACGCAAAUCAAAAUAUGGUUUCAGAAUAGACGGGCCAAAGACAAACGCAUCGAAAAGGCGCAGAUUGAUCAACAAUACAGGGCUUUUGCAGCCGUGAAUGGUCUCUUCUCUCCUUUCAAUUCACAAUACCCACAAGUGCUUGGAGCUAAUGUGACUACAGUAGCACCAACGUCCCAGUGUUUCUAUGACCAACUAAGAACUUCACCUCGAGACGAUCUAAGCAUAACUAAAUAAAAAUAAAUAAAAGAAACUAGGAUUUUUUCAUCAGAUAUUACAUAGAAUGACCAUAUUAUCAGAAAUCCCGCGCACAAAUAUUUACUGGCCCGUAAAGCUUCUUAUGCUGAUUCAUUUCAAAUAAUCAAGUGCAACAUAAAAUUUAUGAUAACACCAUAGACAAACAGUCGUAUCACUUGGAACAAAUUGCGAUUGAAAUAAUCGUGAGUAAUUUUUGCUGAGACCGGCCCACUAUUUACACCUUAUCUUUAAAAAUGCUUAAAGCGGUGAUUUUCUGAGAGUACUUGUCGAAAAAGUAAGGAAAAUGCAUUUGGUUAUGUACUCAAUUUAAUGGACCCCUCGUUAGUUAGAGCCACAAUUUUUGAGGACCCCUCGAUUUUGGUAAAAUGGUGGCUCAUUUAAACCGUUAUAACCCGAAAUUUUCUCCGAAAACCACCUCAAAACGAAAUGUUGUUGAAAAGAGGAAAGAUAGAGUUGCUACAGUUAUAAAAAGUUGGGUCGGUCAUAUUGAUUUUGGCCGCCAUCUUGGUUUUUAUACCAAAACUGUUUUUCCAUCAUGUUGGCCCACCGAUUUUCAAAAAUUUUGCAUCAAUUGAAAGCUGAGACAUUUAUACAUAACAUAUCAAAAAAAUAGAGAUGUAUUUUUUCUUAUCAAAAGUUAUCUGCAGUUUUGUAAAUCAAGCCACGUUUUCUCCAUACAUUUCCAUGCGCACCGGCAACGACAUGCAACAGCAUCAGAGUUUACACCUGCCACAUACCCACCGGCGGCAAAAUCUGGGAAAAUCGGAGGUUCGUCUCCGUUUUUGACUGUUUCUCAAUGAUGCAGACAUUGCUUUUAUAACGUUUUUAGUGUAUUAGUAAGAGUAGUUGCUCAACUUUAUUCAUACGGCCUACUGUGUUGUACAUAUGGACGGAAGCUUCUUUGCAAGCCCUAUACCAGAGAAGAGAAGGUCAUCUCCGGAGUCAGGAACUGCUAAAUAUUUCAUGCUGUUGGUCGCGACGCGACACCUAGCGGUUGAAAUCACUUUUACACGGAAAAUUUCUCAUUUUGAGCGUGACGUACUAAAUGGAUGCCCCCUAGUGUUUUACCCAAACGGUUCUAACUUCGCGAAAAAUUAACAAAUCGAGUCGAAAUUUGUACCAAUGAUGCACAUAUAAUAGGUUGACAAAUAGUCAAAACUUGAGAUUUUCAGAUGCACUCUAUGAAAAGUUACCCGACGUCUCCACUAGACAGAAAUGUCUUGCCAUUUUGCUGGACAGAUGUGUCAUGACAGAAAUGUUCUCUCGCUGUUUGCAUGGAAAGCAGCGGUGUUGAUCAUUUCUGGUACGUUUUCUCUUUCUGGCAGCAAAAUGGCAAGACAUUUCUGUCUAGUGGAGACGUGGGGUUAUAGCAUGUUGUUUUUCAUUCAGCAUUUUAAUUUUAUAAUCAAUAUUAAUACAGUUGAUAUCUCUAGGCGUCAUUGAUGGGAACACGCAAAAACGGCUACGCUCAAAAAUGUGUUCGGCCUGCACAUUUUUAGUAAACAUCCAUGCCGCACAAUGACUGGGUUGGAAAUACACAUUUUUUAAAAAUUGCCCGUACGCUCACAUGAGCAUGUAUUUUGCAAUAAUUUCGACAUGGCAACCUCACUGGGUUUAUAAACCACCUUCAAAUACCGAAAAAUAUUGAUAUUUUGCAAAAAUGUGAGCGUUCGAGCAAUUUUAACCUUCUGUAACUCGCGCGGUUGGCUACCUGCGUCAGCACCACGCUAAUGCUGAGUACAAAAAGCGAGAUUUUUUCAGCGUGUUGUACAAAAUACAACAGCGCGAUCGCUCGAGGGUUAAAAAAUGUGUGUUUCCAACACAGUUCCUGUGCGGAAUGGGUGUUAACCAAAAAUGAGCGUUUUUAUUUUAGAGAGAACACAUAUGUAUGGUAAGUGGGGGCAGGAUGGGUCACCUAAGAAAUGGCUCCCUAUAAGUUUCUGAAUAUAAAUCGCAUUUCUCUGUAUUCUACCACAACUCUCAGAUACACUAGUCAGCUAUGAUAUAAGAGUAUAAAAAGGUAAUAAAGUUUGAAACCUGCUUCUUGACAAACAAUUUUCAAAACAUGACCCAUCUUGCCCCACCUCAUUUUAACGGGGGCAAGAUGGGUCAGCUAAGAAAACUCGAUUUUCCUCCAACAAAAAAUACUAUAUCUUCUAGUUUUUCUCUAUACAUCUAAGCUUCAUAGACGUACAGAUUACACGAAGAAAGUGUUGAAACAUAUCGGUAGAUUAUUCUCAGAACUAGAAGAUUUUUGUUCGGGUAGCCAUAAACGGACUUUGAAAACCUAUAUUUUUGAAGGAAAAUUUAAAAAAUAUGUUCUCAAAUUUUCAGUGCUCUCAUCGCUUCGAUAAUGUAGGUCACAGCAUAGCCUUUCCAUGAAAAAUAAAACAUUUUCAAAAACUAUGCAAACAUACCGAAAAAUUAGGGUGACCCAUCUUGCCCCGUCUGCACAAUACACGUAGUUAUAUGGAAUGUAUAGCAUAAGGAGUAUAACGAAAAAAUAUUUUAUUUAUUUCUGUGCGAGGAACGUAUAGAAUUUUCAAAACAAUUUACCACUUUUUUAUGUAUCCCCGUCGUUCAUCUGGGAAAAUUAUUGAAAGAUUCAAAACAUAUAUUGUGCGAUUGAAAACGGUACUGACCCAUCUUGCCCCCUGACCAAUCUUGCCCCCACAUACCAUACUUGCAAAGAGUUACACUCACUUGCUAUUUACUCAGCUUAGAAGCGUGCCAUCUAGAAAUGAUAUUUGGACGACUUUUGGCUUGUGGUUUUGUCUAAAAGUUUGCCGAAUAGAAUAGGGGUUGCUCACGCAUACCAUAACUCGUGAAUUUGAAAGCGACUCUCCACGAGGUGAGUGUAAUUUACAUUCACCUCGUGGAGAGUUGCCUUCGCAGCUCCCUCACGACUUCGGUAUGCGUGUGCGACUCCUACUCUAUUCGGUAAACUUUUAGACAAAACCACAAGCCAAAAAGCAUCCAUACACGCUAAGAUCAGUUUACCUUUUUUCCAAAAAGUGCACAACCGCAAAUAGGGUAACGGUCGAAUUUUGGACCCCUAGAGGACAUUAGUUUGAAUUUAAGUCAAAAGCAUACAUAUUCAGAGGGUGUUACACAUUAUGUUGAUGCUCGUAUUGACCGUCCAGUUCCAAACUGUUCACGACCGUUCGAAACAGUCGGUGUUUCAAACGGUCGGUGAAACAGUCGGUGACGGAUUUGACAGCAGAAAUGAGCGAGAAAGAUUUCGCGCGCAAACGCGUUUUCAAAAACAUUCAAUUGGUGGAACAAGGACAGCUAACCGGUCGCCCUGAUCAGCUGUUGCCGGCAGCCAAGCCGCCAGCUUUUUGGCGCGGAAAUCGGGGGGUGUUCAGAUGCAAUGUUUAUCACUCAACAAAUUCAUGAAAAUACUUUUUUUUGCAAUAAAUGUUUUAAAUGAUUUAAAGUGAGGUUUAAUAAAUGCAAUUUAUAUUAUUUCCAGGAUAAUUGCUAAUGUUUGUUAUUCUGAAGACCUAUACGUUUGAAAUAAUGAUGUGCUUGAACAAAUAUGCUGAUUAAUUGGGUUCUGUAGAAUACAUCGAGAAUCCCCUCGAUAUUCGACGACUGUUCUGAACAGUUUUACAAACAGUCGGGAUAAUCCAACUUUGAACUGAAUACACAAUAUGAUCGUUAAAGCCUCCACUGUCCGUUAAAAAUACCCACAAUGUCAUUUCUGGCUGAAAAUUUGACGAAAAUAACUUAUUUUUGAAGCACCAGUUUUCACUGUUUUGGACACCCCAAUAUAUUUUGGACCCUCUUAAGUAUGUAUUUUGGACACCCGGUGUUUAAACCCGUUAGAAACUAUUUUCUGCCAAUCUGCCACUUGAAUAUGCUGGAUCACAUCCUAAUUACUUGAUUGACAAAGGCUGAUUAGACGAACUUUGCGAAUUAAUUGCGCUAGAAUGAUAAACGUUUUUGUUUACAUCUGCAAGUUUCCUCAGCACCGCAAUCUCUUUUUGUAAACAUGGUACGACACUGACACGGAUGACGAGAUUGACAAAAAUGUAUUUCAAGGCAAAUAAUGCUAUUUCCAAUGCGGAAAUGAUUGCUGCCCGUGCAGAGGAAUCUAAUUUAACGAAUGAUUCUUGAAAUUUUCGCAAUCUCUUCAUUAAAUCUGUGAAAUUUGUGAUAAUACGACUCAGGGGGUCCAAAAUAUAUGGGGGUCCAAAUUAUAUUGGUUACCCUAUGCGUAAAUGAUACUCAAAUAUAGGUAAACAGAACUCAAAUAUGGGUAAUGUGGACACAAAUAUGAGUAAUUGUAACCCAAAUAUGGGUAUUACCUAUAAAUGCGAUUGUGCACUUUUCCAAAAUAUGAGUUUUAUUUACCCAUAUUUGCGUAAAGUUU